AUGGAUAACGCGCUGCAAGCAGAGCUCCAACGGCUCGGAGACCUCGAACUGGCAGUAUUGGUAAGCCUCAUUGCUCGGGAACACUGCAUCUUCUCGACGGACGGUUCGAGGCAUGACCUUCGAGAUGAAUUGAGCGUCAUCUGCAGUGUCGUAUUCGGGCUCCAGCUGGCCGUCAUCGGAUGCAGUCCAUCUACUACUGUCGAUGAGUUCAGCGAAGGCAUUCUGGUGGAGCCCUCUCUGGACAAUGAAAGUCCCGUUGAGCGAAGGCGCAGCUACCACUUGUCGUCAACGAGGACUGCCCAGUUUGGUAGCAACACGCUCGACACGCGCCGUAUCGCAGACGUCAUCAUCGCUGUGGACCUGGACACCGCCAGCGAGAAUGUACAAGUACAAGCGCUCGAGCUCAUCCGCACCAAGCGCGUCUUUACUCGCACGGCCAUGCAUACAGCUUCGAAGGACUUCAUGGUCCUCUCUAUAACUUCAGCUCCCGGCACAAGACUUUCGAAGCAUCUGAACGACUUGUUCUGCAUGUCUCACUUCCACCCCUCCAGCGAUGGACUUCAGUACUUCAACAAUGAUGCCACAGCAGAGGACAUGCCUUCCAUCACACCGGACUCGAUCGACGCUCUGCGCACUCUCACUUCCGAAGUCUAUCUGAGCCCUGAGCUUGCGGCCUACCUCCAUAAUGUUGUCGUCUUCAUGCGCAGCAGCCGCUACAUCUCAGGAGGCGUCACGGCUACAGCGACAAGACAGCUGCGCGCCAUCUCGAAAUUGUUGGCUCCGCUCCACGGGCUGGACUACGUACCUCCCUCGCUGGUCACGCUCGCAGCGCACAAAAUAUAUCCACACCGGCUCAGGCUUGCAACAGCGCAGACGGAGAGGAGCUUGCAGUGGGGCAGUGAUCCUGAGGCUGUUAAGCGGCUUCUUGAAGGUGUCACUGUGGAGGAUGCUAUCGAGGAUGUGUUGGCCAGCGUGGAGACGCCUUUGUGA